CUGCCUUGCUCCUCUCUGGCCUCGCCCUCUCUUCUCCUCGGAUUUCGACUUCCUGUAUACCCACAUAUUUGCUCACCUAACACCCGUCCGAACCGCGUUCGCGCAACACAUCACCAUGGCCAACUACCUCGCCUCCAUCUUCGGCACAGAGCAAGACAAGGUCAACUGCUCCUUCUACUACAAGAUCGGCGCGUGCCGGCACGGCGACCGCUGCUCCCGAAAGCACGUCAAGCCCUCAUACUCCCAGACGAUUCUGAUGCCCAACAUGUACCAGAAUCCGGCCUACGACCCCAAGAACAAGAUGAACCCCAGCCAGCUACAAAACCACUUUGAUGCAUUUUACGAGGACGUGUGGUGUGAGAUGUGCAAGUACGGUGAACUAGAGGAAUUGGUGGUUUGCGAUAAUAACAAUGAUCACCUCAUCGGAAACGUCUACGCACGGUUCAAAUACGAAGAAGACGCCCAGGCAGCCUGCGACGCUUUGAAUUCCCGGUGGUACGCGGCACGACCCAUAUACUGUGAAUUAUCGCCGGUGACGGAUUUCCGAGAAGCGUGUUGUCGGUUAAAUAGCGGCGAGGGUUGUGUGCGUGGUGGGUUCUGCAAUUUCAUUCAUCGCAAGGAUCCGAGCAAUGAGUUGGAUCGGGACCUGCGUCUUAGUACGAAGAAGUGGUUGAAGGAGCGUGGUCGGGAUGCGAGAAGUGUCAGCCGCAGUCCUAGUCCGGAGCCGACCCGGAGGAGGUUCUAGGAGGAUGUUGGGGUUUGGGCUUUGUGUUGUGUUGUUUAUAUGCGGCGUUGGGGAGAAUGACUGUCAGUCAGCUGUAUUCUUAUUUAGUUUCGUAUGAUAUCAACUGAUCUGGUUAAUCUGAACUAUGUAAUUUAUAUCAUUGCUUUAGAAUAAG